AUGAGCUUGUUUGGAGCACCAGCAGCAAGCACCUCUGCUCCGGCUGCUCCAUCCCUGUUUGGAGCGCCAGCAGCUGGUACAUCUGCGCCCGCUACAUCUUCGCUCUUCGGAUCAACGCAGCAGCAGCAGCAGCAGCAACCAGCGGCUUCAGGGCUCUUCGGUGCCCAUCCCGAUCAAAAGAGGCCAACUUUAGGCGGCAGCUCUCUGUUCGGCGCUACCAACUCAGGAGCAGCCCAGCCGGCCGUAUCGCAGAACUCCCAGCUCAUAGGACUUGAUGGCAAACCUUCGAAUUCUCCAUUCGCGACCGCGCUACCGCAGACGAAACCGACAGGCUCGCUUUUCAACAAUACCGCAACCAAUGCCGCUGGCGCGUCGAUGUUUGACUCAACCGCCAGACCCGCUGGCGCGCAGUCAGUCAAUGGCUCCCAGGCUGGUGGCGCUUUGUUCGACUCGCUACUAGCAAAAGCCAAGAAGAAUGGUGAUGGCGGCGACGGAGUCGAAUAUCUGCCUAGCAUCCAACUGGGCCUGAGCGACCUUCAACAGCGGUUGCGAAAGCUUGGGCCCCAGGGUCGCGCCGCAGACCGCCCACCUCUCGAUGGCAGGGCACACUACCUAUUAGCCGCCUCGGGUGUCGACCCUGGAGCUGCCGUCAAAGACCUGGGUGAUUUUGCUGCACGCGCAGGCGGCAGAGUCCCUGAGACUAGAUCAGUGGGCCCAAGCCCGGGCGAGCUCGACGUUGAAACUUACCUGUCCAACCUGCAGGCAAAGACCACCUUAAGUAUGAUUGCCGACGGCCUAGAGCGCUCGGUCAGGGAUUUCGACAGCUUCCUCGAAGAGAACGUCAACAUGGAAUGGGAGGCUCAAAGGAGACGCAUAUACGAUCAUUUUGGGAUCAAGCCAAGGGAAGAUGCAGUUGGGCCUAAGAGGUCCAGUGUAUCGGCUGGCAGAGAAGACGUGGGCGGUUUUGGCCGCUCAAAGAGGUCUAGAAACGCCACCGGCGGUGCUGAAGUUGCGGGCCGGGCCACCCAGAGGAAUAGUACAUUUGGCAAAUCCAGCAUGCUGCGGUCUGUCAUCGGAAGUCCGAGCAGAAUCGGAUCGCAUGGGGCUCAGUUCGUCGACGUUGAGAUGGUGGGCCACAACGGGUUAGGCAAUGGCAUCCCCUCGAUCAACGAGCGAUUCCUGGACGACAAACAACGACAGUUUAUUGAGAAGAUUCAUUCUUUGAAUGACAGCCGCCUCAUGAACCUCGCAUACCCAAUCAUGCAUGAAUUCGCCGAGGUUACAAAGCGGUCUGGAGAUGUACAUGCACCCAAGAUCUACGAGGCUUACAACGCCAUGAUAGAGGUUAUUGGCGAAGACCCAGACGCGGAUCCCAGCGUGCCUGGCUCAACCGCGCGACAGCGACAAUUCGCACAAAGCUACAUUCAUGCCCAAGCUCGGUCGCCAGAGGCCUUGGAGCUGCGGAAACGCAUCAUCAACGGGGCCAAUCGGUACCUGGAGAAACAGGCAUUCCAGGAAGCCGAGGCCACCAUUGCUAAAAGCCCACAGGAGGCCAACCUGGGAGGCCGCCCCGAUGUUAUCAACAAAAUACGUGCUUACAUCAGGGUCUUGGCUGCCAAGAAGAACUUGGUGACUGAAAACGCAGACCUUCAGCAAGUCCAAGGAGAGUAUGUCUGGGCCAUUGUUUUCUAUUUGUUGAGGACGGGUCAUGUCAACGAAGCGGCCAUGUACGUCAACGAGAACCAGAAUCACUUCCGCAGCAUUGACCGCACGUUCUCGUCAUACAUCAAUAGCUAUGCCACCAGCGAAGAUCGAAGAUUGAAGCGGCCUAUGCAAGAGCGGUGCAACAACGAAUAUACCCAACGCGUCCGCAAUGCCCCCGAGGGAAGCAUUGACCCGUAUCGCAUGGCUUGCUACAAGAUUGUUGGCCGCUGUGAAUUGAGCAAUCGUUCUCUCGAAGGCCUUAGGUUCGGCAUCGACGACUGGAUUUGGCUUCAGUUCAACCUGGCACGUGAGGGUGACCGCACCACAGAACUUGCCAAUGAGACCUAUGGGUUGGCAGAGCUGCAAGCCAACAUCCAGGAGAUUGGCAACAAGCACUUCGCAGCCAAGUCGGGCGCUGCCGGAGAUGAUGCCAACGGCUCCUUCAGCAUGUUCUUCUUCCUGCAGAUACUGGCAGGCAUGUACGAGGCCGCGGUGGCCUAUCUUUAUUCCUUCUCACGCACCGACGCUGUCCACUUUGCUAUAGCGCUCGAGUAUUACGGCCUUUUGCGCCCGGCCGAUGCCAUGUCGGUCGCAAACGAACUCAAAAGCUUCAACACAAAGGGCGUAAUGCAGAUCAACUUUGCACCCCUCGUGGGUCUCUACACGCAGGACUUUAGGGCGGCAGAUGUUGCCGCGGCAGUGGACUACAUUGUUCUCAUCUGUCUCAAUAUGGACGAUCCCAAUAACGAGGCUGAUAGGCAACAAGCAGCGCUGUGCCAUGAGGGCCUCAGGGCUUUGGUGCUUGAGACACGGGAAUUCAGCAAGCUGAUUGGUGACAUCAGGCCCGAUGGCCAGCGUAUUAAAGGCAUGAUCGAGGAGCGCGGCAAGCUGGUUGCGCUGGAUGACGAGGCAGACUUCCUGCGUACCAUUUCCCUCGAGGCUGCCCGAGCCGCCGAGGAUUCCGGACGCACAACCGAUGCAGUCCUACUCAACCACCUUGCAGGCGAUUACGAUGCCGUGAUUGUUCUGGUCAGCCGUACCUUGAGCGAAUCAAUCUCGAUGGACGGUGGACUCGAUGGCGACAAUGAGCCACUGAGGCUGGCACCGGUCAAGCCGCGCGUAGAGGGUGUAGAGGCACAGGAGCAGGCGGGCACCAGCCUGAGUCUUGCUGCUAUUGAUGACCCGGUGGAGCUGGCCAGGACCAUGCUCACCAUGUAUGAGCGCGACAUCAUGUUUAGGCGCAAGAUUCGUGAGCCGAACCGUGCAGCUUGUGCAGUGCUGCUUCAGAUGAGCGAAAUUAAGGGUCUUAUCCAAGCACAACAAUGGCCCGACGCUUUGGACAAAAUUCGCAGUAUCGAUAUUCUACCCCUGGAUGCCAAAGGUGACCCAAGCGCCAUACGCAGUUACGCAGCCCUCUUCGCUGGCUUGUCACAGGCAGUGGCGAGCAACGUACCGAACCUGGUAAUGUGGACGACCGAAUGCUGUACCCGGCAGCGAGAGAGGCUCGCUAGUGGGCAGUUCACAGGCAACGAGGCCACCGCGAGGAUGCUUUACAACGAGCUGAGGCAGAUCACGGUCGACUUGACUACGUAUACUAGCCAACUUAGAUACAGGUUUCCACCUGCAAUCCUGGAGGCCUUGGCCAAGGCUGCUGCUGAUUAA